UUACCUUGGAGGAAGCCAGAGAACUACCAGCCUGAAGAGAGAAGAGGGAAGAAAAAAAAAAACACAGCCAAAAAAACAGAAAAGAAGAGAGUUUGUGUUUCGAUUGUCCUCGAUUGUCGUUAGAUAUGAGCCAGUUGUUUUUUUUCCAGUCAAAGUGGAUUUUAUAGAUACUUUGGAAACUUUUAUAGAUACUUUAGAGUUUGUUUCUCUAACUUUUGGCAUUACAAAGGUGUGAGUGAGAGAAGUGGGACAGUCAGAGUAAUGGGAGGAGCUGCAGCGUUCUCCAUGUAUGGACUCCAGCUCUGUUUAUAUGGUAAAUAGAGGGUCACAUGGGGCAAUAGUCUUGGAGCAGUGGGGGGAAAAGGGAGGGAAAGGAACAAGGAGAGAGAGUUAAGAGAUACACUGCAGGACUUUGGCCUGCCUCAUAUGCAGGAGGCGGCUCUUUUACCCUGAGUUUAGAGGACACCGGAUCACACUACAAGUAGAAAGGAAACAAAAGAGUUGGAGUGAGUACCAUGCUGUGGUUAAACUGAAUUCCUAGCUUUCUUCACUGGGGCUCUUUGUUUACCACUUGACUUGGAUUUUUAUUUUUUUUAUUUCCCUGUGGUGGUGAAAGUUUAACAGCUAGUGCCUUCCUGGUUGUUGUCACUGGACGCUUCUUCAUACUUUCUUCCGGACAUUUGAAGAGCCAAGAUGCCCACCAACUUCACUGUAGUGCCAGUGGAGGAUGCAGAAGGUGGCAGCAACAACAUGUCUGCAGCUGGUGGCAGCAAACCUGUCAGUUUGGGCAACAUUUUUGGGGAGGAAGAGGAUGAGGACAACUUACAAGGACCCCACUCAGGAGAUGACAGUCAGAGAGAGUCCAGUCCAUUCAUCAACUCAGACACUGACGGAGAACACUAUUAUGAAGGCAAGAACAUGGCCCUGUUUGAGGAGGAAAUGGACAGUAACCCUAUGGUAUCAUCUCUUCUCAACAAGCUGGCCAACUACACCAACCUGACCCAGGGUGUUCGUGAGCACGAGGAGGCAGAGGAUGGGGUCAGGAGGGUUGCUGUCGUGGUGCCCCAAAUGGGAACCUUCAUUGGAGUUUACCUGCCCUGCAUGCAGAACAUCCUGGGUGUGAUUCUCUUUCUGCGUCUCACCUGGAUCGUUGGUACAGCAGGAAUCCUGGGAUCCUUCGCCAUCGUCUCCAUGUGCUGCAUCUGUACCUUGCUCACAGCCAUUUCAAUGAGCGCCAUAGCAACCAAUGGAGUUGUCCCAGCUGGUGGCUCAUACUACAUGAUCUCCAGAUCACUGGGUCCAGAGUUUGGAGGAGCAGUGGGUCUCUGUUUCUACCUCGGAACCACCUUCGCUGGAUCCAUGUACAUACUGGGCACCAUAGAGAUAUUGCUGACGUACAUUGUUCCAACAGCAACAGUGUUUAAAGAAAGCGAAAGUGCAGCAAUGCUCAACAAUAUGCGUGUGUACGGAACAUGCUGCCUGCUCCUGAUGGCGCUGGUAGUGUUUGUAGGGGUGAAGUAUGUGAACAAACUGGCUCUGGUGUUUCUGGCCUGUGUGGUUCUCUCGAUCAUGGCCACUUAUGCAGGAGUCAUCAAAACGGCGAUCGAACCACCAGAUUUCAAUGUCUGUCUGUUGGGAAACCGAUCUCUGAAGAAUGAAGUGUUUGAAACAUGCGCAAAAACGGAGGUUGUGAAAAACAACACUGUGACCACCAAGCUGUGGAGCAUCUUCUGUGACAGUAAAUAUCCCAACGCAACCUGUGAUGAUUACUUCACAUUGAACAACCUGACAGAAAUACAGGCCAUACCUGGGCUCCUGAGCGGAGUAAUCAAAGACAACCUGUGGGGCAACUAUGGUCCAGCUGGUAUGUUCAUAGAGAAGAAAAGCCAGCCUUCAGUAGAAGUCCAGGACACAUCCAAAGACAUCUAUAAGCUCUACGUCUUCAAUGACAUCACCACCUACUUCACUCUGCUAGUGGGAAUAUACUUCCCCUCUGUCACAGGUAUAAUGGCUGGUUCUAAUAGGUCUGGUGAUCUCAGAGAUGCCCAGAGGUCCAUCCCAAUAGGAACCAUAAUGGCUAUUCUCACCACCUCUUUCAUCUACAUCUCCUGUGUGGUCUUGUUUGGAGCCUGUAUUGAAGGAGUGGUGCUGAGAGACAAGUUUGGUUACUCAGUAAAGAAGAACCCGGUAAUUGGUAUUCUGGCCUGGCCGUCACCUUGGGUGAUUGUGAUUGGCUCAUUUUUCUCCUGCUGUGGGGCGGGGCUUCAGAGCCUCACUGGCGCCCCCCGGCUGUUGCAGGCCAUCGCUCGGGAUGGCAUCAUCCCGUUCCUACAGGUCUUUGGUCAUGGGAAGGCUAAUGGUGAGCCCACCUGGGCUCUGUUGCUGACAGUUGGGAUCUGUGAGAUAGGAAUCCUCAUUGCUUCUCUGGAUGCUGUGGCCCCCAUCCUCUCCAUGUUUUUCCUCAUGUGCUAUCUGUUCGUUAACCUGGCCUGUGCGGUUCAGACUUUGCUCCGUACCCCCAACUGGAGACCUCGCUUCAAGUUCUAUCACUGGACCCUGUCCUUCUUAGGGAUGAGUCUGUGUCUCUCUCUCAUGUUCAUCUCCUCCUGGUACUACGCCCUAAUUGCCAUGGUGAUAGCCGGCUGUAUCUACAAAUACAUUGAGUACAGGGGGGCAGUGAAGGAAUGGGGAGACGGGAUCAGAGGUCUGUCCUUAAAUGCAGCCCGUUAUGCUCUCAUCCGGCUAGAGGAAGCACCACUACACACCAAAAACUGGAGGCCUCAGCUGUUGGUGUUGUGUAAGUUGGACUCAAACCUGGUGGUGAAACACCCUCGUCUCCUGUCCUUCACUACGCAGCUCAAAGCAGGAAAGGGACUGACCAUCGUCUGUUCGGUCCUGGAGGGAACCUACAUGACCCGGGGAAAUGAUGCAAAGACUGGAGAGCAGAACUUGAAAGCAGCCAUGGCUGCAGAGCGGAUGAAGGGUUUCUCCCAUGUGGUGGUGUCGUCCAACCUGCGAGAUGGUUUCUCCCUGCUCAUCCAGUCAGCAGGACUGGGAGGAAUGAAACACAAUGCUGUCCUGAUGGCCUGGCCAGCAGGUUGGAAACAAGCCCGGGACUCCUCUGCAAGGAGGAACUUCAUAGAAACAGUGAGAGAGACGACGGAAGCUCAUCAGGCUCUGCUGGUUGCUAAGAACAUCGACCAUUUCCCUGGUAACCAGGAGCGUCUGAAGGAGGGAACCAUUGAUGUGUGGUGGAUCGUACAUGACGGUGGACUGCUCAUGCUGUUGCCGUUUUUACUUAGUCAACACAAGGUAUGGAGAAAGUGUAAAAUGCGAAUCUUCACAGUGGCCCAGAUGGACGACAACUCCAUCCAGAUGAAGAAAGACCUCCAGAUGUUUCUCUACCAUCUACGCCUGGAUGCAGAGGUGGAGGUGGUGGAGAUGCAUGACAGUGACAUCUCAGCCUUCACUUAUGAGAAGACGCUGAUGAUGGAGCAGAGGUCUCAAAUGCUUAAACAGAUGCAGCUGUCCCGCACUGAGAGGGAGCGAGAGGCCCAGUUGAUCCACGACCGAAACACGGCGUCUCAUUCUACAAUGAAUGACAAUGCUACAGGUGCCACAACAGAUCGUGUUCACAUGACCUGGACCAAAGACAAACUGGUCAACGAGAGGAACAGACACAGAGAAGGCAUGGGAGUUAAAGACAUGUUUAAUAUGAAACCCAACCAGUCCAACGUGCGGAGGAUGCACACAGCUGUGAAGCUGAAUGACGUGGUGGUCAAGAAAUCCAAGAAUUCAGAGCUUGUCUUGCUCAACAUGCCAGGCCCACCGAAGAACAAGAAAGGGGAUGAGAACUAUAUGGAGUUCCUGGAGGUCCUGAUGGAUCGCCUAGACCGUGUCCUUUUGGUUCGUGGAGGAGGUCGGGAGGUCAUUACUAUCUACUCCUAGCACCAAGAGGCUCCUAAUUGUUUGGAAGGGCACUGGAAGGAAACAUUGUUGGACAGUAGGACCCCAGAGGUCUGGGGGUUGACAGAGGAGGGCAUGAGUUUGAGAUGGGACAUGAACAAAGAUGUCGGACAGAGGAAGUACAGUAUACCCCCUCUCACACUGUCAGGAGAAAAAAAGCAACAGUGCCACUUACGUUUUGGAGGACCAUGGUCGCUGGGAAGGAUAGGGGAGCCUACCUGCAGCACAGCCUGAGCUCAGUGCUUCGUCUGGGGGCACAGAGGGCUCUCUACACCCCCACCUCCUGAGGCUCCUUAACUUGUUUUCUGAAAGAGCUGUCAUUUCUAUUUAACAUGUUAUAUUGCUUCACCAGGCACUUGUUGGAGGAAAGAACACUUUUUCGCUGAUUGUGGUAGCUGGCAACUAGCUCAUUGGUUUCAACGAGGAAUGCUAACAUAGCUAACAGCGUCUUUAUUUAUUUCAGUGCCAAUGACUUUUCAUUGAUAUAUGACUUUGGAAUCAAGGGAUGAGCUGAACAUGUUUUAAAGCCAUUAUAUUUUAAGGAAUAUCAUGUUUGCCUCAUAUCACUGUAUCAGAAGUUAAAGCCAAAGCCCCAUUGAUUUCUAUCAGGACAGUUUAAGGGCUUAUCUUGAACAUUACUUAUCAACUGUUUUUGUUGUUACAGAUAACAUUAGUGUGCCGAGUGUGAUCAAAAAGGAAGAGAUGGUGAAAAUGCUGCAGAGCAACUGCAACUUUUGUGAUUUUUGUAGUCGAUGAUGUGAUUUUUUUGAAUUUGAGCAAAAUGUUAGUGCACGUGUGAGCUCAGUUCUUAACCAGCCAGUGUGCAUUGAUGAGGAAAACGGAGCAAUGUGGAGCCUGUACAGUAGUAUUUUCAUUUCAUAUUAUUAUAUAUUACUAUUUUUUUAAUAGGAUACAAAUAGGUUUUAUCUACAAUGUGUCAUGUUAGUUCAACACAAAAAUACAUAUUAAACAAACCAAAACAAAAGUUAAGUCUGGAACUCUCUUCAGUCUGCAACAUACAGGAGUACUCAUGUGUCGUGUUGUUUCCUUUGUCCCUGUAGGACUAAUCAAUGUGAGAAAAUGGCCUGAAAAAUCGUAAAUGCUUUGGACUUAACACAGAAGCCUGCUGUCUUUAAUUAAAUCAUAUGGGUGACAUGCUGACGCAGUGAUGACUGGCAAUGUAUCCCAACCAUGAGCAAGUAAAACUACUUUCACGGCCAUGGUUGAUAUAAGGGGAAGAUUGUCAUUAUGUGACACCAUUAAACUAUAACUAUGAACUUUGG